GCGGAGCCGCCUCCUGGACGCUGCGCGGCGCCCCUCGCCGCGGGCGCUCGGGUAGAAAAGGAGGAGGAGCAGCCGCUGCCGCCGGAGUCGCCCGACCUCCGUCGCCCCUCAGUUUUCUCGGCCAAGCAGCAGCUCGGGCAGCUGCCGGGCACCAUGGGCAAGAGGGACAACCGGGUGGCUUAUAUGAAUCCUAUAGCCAUGGCCAGAUCUCGAGGUCCUGCUCAGUCUGCUGGGCCAACAAUACAGGAUUAUCUGAAUCGGCCAAGGCCCACAUGGGAAGAAGUGAAAGAACAGCUAGAAAAGAAAAAGAAAGGCUCCAAGGCAUUAGCAGAAUUUGAAGAAAAAAUGAAUGAGAACUGGAAAAAGGAACUGGAAAAACACAGGGAGAAAUUGUUAGGUGGAAGCGAGAGUUCAUCGAAGAAAAGAGAGAGAAAGAAAAAGGAAAAGAAGAGAGCUGGUAGGUCUUCAUCCUCUUCUUCAUCAAGCUCUGAUUCUUCCAGCAGUUCUUCAGAUUCGGAAGAUGAGGAUAAGAAACAAGGGAAAAAAAGAAGAAAAAAGAAAUAUCGUUCACAUAGAUCUUCAGAAUGCUCCAGAUCAGACUCUGAAUCAGAUAGUAAGGACAGCAUUAAGAAAAAAAAGAAGUCGAAAGAUGAACAUGAGAGAGAGAAGGAUAUCAAAAGUCUGAGCAAGAAAAGAAAGAAGAUAAAUUCUGAAGAUAAACCUGUAUCAUCUGAAUCUUUAUCAGAACCAGAUUGUAUAGAAGAGGCACAAGCAAAGAAAAAGAAAAACAGUGAGGAGAGAGAAAAGACCACAGAAAAGACAAAAAAGAAAAAGAAGCACAAGAAACAUGGCAAGAAGAAGAAAAAGAAGGCUUCUGGGUCAGGUCCAGAGUCAGCAUAACCCUAGGACCCCUGAGAUCUCCCUGCCAGAAAGUGCAAUGUCUAAAGGAAACUUCAACUGUGAAAGUUACGGCUUCUGCUACCCAAAUGCAUGAGUGCUCCUGUGUUUUUAGAGCCUGAGGCCACGGGCCGGAUGAGGCCAUGAUUGUUGCCUGCUGCUUAUUACAUGGGGUACCUUCAUCUUCUUUUUUGGUUUCAUUUUUCUUCCCACAAUUCUUAGUUCUGGAAAAUAAUACACUAGAGUCCAACUGAUAUUUGAGAUAUUUGGAAAUAAAGUAAAAUCUUUUAGAUAAUUAAUAUUUUUAACAGGAAGUAUCUAAUUUUAAAUCAAUAGACAUAAAAUCUAAAUGCAUCUUUAGGAUGUGUUUAAAGUGACAAAUCAGAGAGACCCAGAUGACUACAGUUGGCCUUUUUAAAGCGAGGGCAUGACGUUACUGCCCUCAAAAUCUUUACUUUUGUAGAUGUAUAUUUUUUUCCCCUUAAUUUUUUGUUUACCUUAGGGAAGGGGUGGGGUGGGAGGGCGUCACUGUUAUUUUAGCUAGCUGAAUAGUGUGCCUUUUGAUCCUUGCACAUCCUAUCUAUUUCAGUCAGGACAGACACUGUGCUUCCUAGGGAGGCUGAGAGCUGGGUGGCAGCAGUCUGUCCCUUUGCAUUCUGGAGCUUGGCUGUCUGCCAGCUAUGUUAAGGAGCAAAGAAAGAUAGCACCUGGAAGCAUGAGUGAGCUCCAGAACCUAGGAAACUUACCUCCACUUCAAUCUUUUGAAUAUUUUUAGCAGUAGAAUGUUACAUAAUUUGAAUUAAUUUUGGUUACACUUUGGAGGGAAUAUUUCAUAGAGACACUGGUUUUUUGAUAUAGAUAGCUAAAAUCUGAAAUAUUUUGCAUGUUUUAUACUAUUUUAGUUUUAACUAGCCAGGGAAAUUCUAUUGUAACCAGUGACCAUUAUUUUUUGUAUAAAUUAUGUUUCGGCUGCAUUGUUUCAAGUGUGUAAUUCCUUAUUCUUGCUAUAUAAUAAGUUCAUUAACUGUGUUUAAUUGCACACUUGCUGAAAAUAUUUAGCAUGUAAAAAGCAGGUUUUUGAUAUUUAACGGCUUCAUAUUGAAGCUGAUUUGCUACGAGCAAGUUAAGUGGCAGGCCUAGUAUGCUAUAUGUCUUGUUACAUAAAACUACUGCCAGAAUCUCAGUAAAUAUACCGUUUAAAAAGUUUGUUGUCUUUAUAUAUUAAUAUUGAAUUAAGACAGGGAUUAAAGUAAAGUAAGAAUGACAUGGUUGCUGUUCCUGUGACAUAUUUUACUAUGAUUGGGUGUCUCAAAUGUCUGCUGCUGAAUUAUGUUUACCAGUGAUGUUCAGAGGAACCGAGAAGUCAUUUUUACUUCACAAUUUUAUAAUAAGUUACAUGAAAUACAAUUUACUAUCCAUUGUGCCUGUUAUAAAGGGUGUUCUAACUAUAGUAUUUUAAUGCACAGAAUAUUUUGGCAUGACAAGAGGCUGAAUAAAUGGCUAUUUUGCUAAAAAAUAGCUGUGUUCAUUUCAGCUCCCUUUGUGUGUCACAAAGAAAAUGGAAAACCCAAAAACACUUGGAAGACCAGUUGCAUAGCAGCCCCUCCCUACCCCCAACCUUCCAGCAGUGGGAGAACAGAUUUCUGAAGAGAUGUUUUGAGUCCCGUAGUAAUACCAUGUAUCAGGUCGCUAACCAGGCUUCAUCUUUAGAGCUGAACAUUUUGUUAUUUCUUGAAUGGCAGUGAUGCUGGUGCCAACCAAGAGACAGGAAAUUGAAGAAUGACAUUUUGUAUACAGAUUAACUGUUUCAGGAAAAUGGUCUUCUGUAA